AUGGCCUUACCAAAUAUAAGCGAAAACCUCAAAGAGACUCACUCAGCCGAGCAAAAGACUCCGGAAACCCAACAAGUCCUUCCUUCAUUGUCUCUAGAUGAAACCAUUGAACAAAUUAUAGGAGGUUUUGGGUGGUCUCAGUUCUUGCAAGCCCUUCUUGUAUCAGUCCCAACGCUCAUUGAUGCACAACAAACAAUUAUCAGCAUCUUUGCUGAUGCUCAUCCAAAAUGGCACUGCAACUUGAACACAACAUGCAGCCCAAAGUCCAAUAUUUGCCAACUCCCAAAAAGUGCUUGGUCUUGGGUUGAUUCUUCUCACAAGACAAUCAUAUCAGAGUGGGGUCUCGAAUGUGCAAGUUCAUUCAUCAUAGGCCUUCCUGCUUCAUCCUUCUUCUUUGGAUGCCUAAUUGGUGGAUUCACUCUUGCUAUAUUUGGUGACUUCUGGCUUGGUAGGAAGAAAUUGCUUUACCUCUCAUGUCUAAUAAUGUGCUUAGCCUCGCUUCUCACAGCCUUCUCGGUGAACAUAUGGAUGUACUCAGCCUUGAGACUUAUAAGCGGCUUUGGUCGCGCACCAAUUAUAUCAUGCUCUCUUAUUUUGUUAACAGAGAGAGUGGGAAAAAGGUGGCGUGGCCAAAUAGGUUCGAUCGGAUUUUUCUCUUAUACAGUUGGGUUAAUGUCCUUAUCAGCUAUAGCAUAUCUGAAUAGAGGUUCAUCAUGGAGAAAACUCUAUCUCUACACUUCUAUUCCGUCAAUAUCUUUCUGUAUCAUGACUUACUUCUUUGUCUAUGAGUCUCCUAGGUGGCUUUUCAUGCAAGGGCGUGACAAAGAAGCUGUUGAUGUAUUGAGAGGAAUUGCAUCUAUACCAGUCAAGAGUUUAGACUUAUACACAUCCAACAUUCCCCUCAGGAAGGAAAUAUCAAAGGUUAAUAAUCCUUACAAAGUGAUGAAAAACUUAUGCAAGAGGGGAUGGGCUUUAAAACGGAUAUUGGCAAGUAUGGCACUUGGGUUAGGCAUUGGAGUGGCAUUCUUUGGCAUGUUAUUCGGGGUAGGAAAUUUGGGUUUCAACAUCUAUUUGAGCGUCGUAUUUAAUGCCUCAAUGUUGAUGCCUGCAAAUUUACUAUCCUUGGUCUUUAUGGAAAGAUGGAAUAGGAGAGGUUCAUUGUUUGUCUUUUGUAUAGUAAGUGGCAUAUUCAGCAUACUCUGUGUUGUUCUAGGCCGUGGUAGAGAAGGCAUACAGAUUGGGCUAGUACUAGCAUCUUUAUUUUGCUCAUGUUUUGCGUAUAAUGUGUGGCUGAUAUACACAACCGAGUUGUUUCCAACAAGUGUAAGGAGCUCGGCCACAUCGCUGGCUAGGCAAGCAGUUGUGCUUGGCACAGUGUUUGAUCCAUUAUUGACUUCAGCAGGGAGAAGAAAUGAGUUCCUAUCUUUUGGGAUUUUUGGAUUGGCAAUAUUUUUGUGUGGGUUCUUUCUAAUCUUUUUACCAGAGACAAAAGGUAAAUCUCUUUGUAACACCAUGGAUGAACAAGAGCAAAAAGAUAGCGUAAUCGUUUGA